CAAAUUUCAUCCAAUAAAGAACAAAAGUAAAACCCUACUCUUGAAGUUGACGACUAGGGUUUUGGAAUAAGGUUGAAGAAGAAAGCUCGGAAUGGAGGGCCUGAAAGUUUCAGAUGCGAACAUGGUGGUGUAUCUCCACCCAUCGAAGACUAACAAGAUUAACGACGCCAUUCUUCGCGAGCUCAGCUCUCUUCUUUUCAAGUUCCAUGAUAAUUUUGAUGGUGUCAUGUUGGCUUAUGAAUUCAAUAUUCUUGAUAAGAACGCAAGAAUUCUAAAUGGGAUUCACCCUUAUAUUGCUGUGAAACUAAAAGCAAAGUUGUUGCUUUUCUCUCCAAAACCCAAUAUGCUAUUAGAGGGGAAGGUGGUAAAAGUUACUCAAGGAUCAAUUCAUGUUAUUGUUCUUGGCUUCUCAUCCGCUGUUAUAACAGACGAGGACAUUCGUGAUGAAUUUGUAUAUAAAACUAAAAAUGAGGAGGAAGUAUUUUCCAGCAAAUUUCACAAGCGCCAUGUGAUAAAGGUUGGAAGUGUGAUUCGCUUUUUGGUCAAGAGUUUGGAUGAGGAAGUACUACAUAUUUCUGGUUCUCUAGUUCCAGAAAACACCGGAAGCAUUCAUUGGCUAGCAAAUCAUUCAGAAGAUUUGGGAGUAAAUGACAGUGAGAAGAAGAGGAAAAUCAAAGAGGAAUCGGUUUUACUAGAUCCUGGUAGUACUGUAAGUGGGGAAGCAUUAUCCAUCAACAAUGAACAUAGAAUCAAGAAGUCCAAAGGAAAGAGAAGAAAGUCAGAGUCUUGAACGCGAGUUCGAGUUCGAAUUCCUUAUCUAAUUUUGUUUUUUCACAGGUAAUCUUUCAAUUGAGAACGCGGUAUAACGGGUUAUCUAGUGCACUGUAGAAGCCAUGUUCUUCUAAAUGAGUUUAGUUGUUAUAAAAUGCUAUAUGAUCACUUGUGAUGUCUCUGGGUUCAUGUUGUAACCUAGUUUUUUAAAACAGAAGAUUUAGGUGGUACUAUUUGAAAAUAUAGUUGUUUUUUUUUUCUUGUAUAUUUUUCCAUCCCAUUAUAAUGGACCCUGCAAUUAGAUUUGACAGAGAAAAACUAAGUGGACGAUGAUAUUAAUCUACUUUUGGAGCAUGUUUACUAA